AUGCAGCGUCGACCUAUUUCCAACAGCCAGAAGUUGGCCCUUCGGUCUCAACACGCAUUGAAGCCAUACUUGACCCAGCUUCAGCUCUGUCAGUGGUUUGAGGCAGAAUAUCAACAGCCAAUAGCGGAGUCUUCUGUCUCACGAAUUCUCUCCUCCCGGUAUGACUCACUUGACGGAGCUUCAAGCCACCAAUUGAGAGCCAAACGACGACGCGCCGAAAGCUGGCCAGAGCUUGAACGGGCCCUAUACGAGUGGAUACGGCGAGUACAGGACCAAGAAUCUCUCUCCCAGCAUCUCAUCCUGCAGAAAGCUAGAACGUUCUGGGAGAGGCUCUAUCCGGGCCAGGCGAUGCCUCAGUUCAGUAACGGGUGGAUGCGGGGGUUCCAAUCUCAUUGGGAUAUCAAUAAAAGCAACUUACAAGGUAAAAGCGCAAGCCAUUCUGACGAUGGGACAGUCGAGAUGAUCGGCAUUCGCCAGCUUCUCAACCAAUACGCACCCCGGGAUAUUUUUGCUUGCGACGAGACGGCCCUUCUCUGGAAGCGCAUCCCGGAAAGUGGCUUAGCUGCUGCAGGCCAUACUCCUACAGGUACAAACGGAAAUGACCGCCUAACGACCUGCUUCUGUUGCAAUUCGGAUGCUUCGGAACGUCUUCCUCUCUGGUUUGUUGGGACCGCGAAACGACCUCAGGCAUUCAGCGCUGCGGGCAUCAAUAUCGAGAACCUUGGGUGUCACUGGCGGUUUAAUACGAGAGCCUGGAUGACUUCUACCAUCUUCACGGAGUGGCUACUAUGGUUUGAUCAAAGAAUGACUGGUCGGAAAGUUGUUCUUUUGAUGGACGGUCUCUCGGCCCAUAAAUUCGCCUUUGAGGAGAAAUCAUACUGGAAAUGCAAGUGGGCCUCUUAUUUGGUGCAUGAACAUGACCGUGGCUGGGACCCAAUAUCGACAAUGACAAUUCUACACGCCAUCCGCUGGGCAAUCUCUAUAUGGGAAAUUGAUUUGGCCGACGAUAUCUUUACGCACGCCUUUAGAGCGACCAUGUCUAUAGAAAGCAUUGAACGCAUCGACAAUCGACAAACGAUCAUGGACAUUGAGAACCUGCUGCAUCAGUUAUAUCUUUCAGGCUACGUCUCCGAGCCAAUGGACACUAGCCAUUUCAUAGACCCCGUCGAGGAGAAAGUUGAUGAUAGCACGCUACAUCUCGACGACUCCAUAUUGUGCCAUUUUGAGAACGCUAGCGAAUUACAGGAGAGUGCGAGUACUGCUAUUCAACCUCUUUCACUAGUUUCAGUGUCCGAUGCCUUAGAAGGGCUCUAUAAGCUCCGUCUAUAUGAAGAGCAGCAGGUAAUUGCGAAUAUGGACCUACUGCAGGUCCUUAAACAUCAUGAAAAGCUACUUCUCCAGAAACAAACUGAAUCCCAACUGUUAUAUUGA